AUGUCAAACCAGGCUCGCGGAAACUGGUCAAACCGGCUGGAUUUUUUAUUUUCGUGUAUUGGAGUAACUGUCGGUCUUGGAAAUAUCUGGAGAUUCCCGUACAUCUGUUACAAAAAUGGAGGAGGUGCCUUUCUCAUUCCGUACAUCCUGUGCCUUGUCAUCAUCGGUACGCCGUGUAUUUUCCUUCAAUUUACGUAUGCCCAAUACUCAAAUCUAGGACCGGGAAAAGUCUGGGAAUGUUGUCCUUUAUUCAAGGGAAUUGGUUACGGAAUGAUGACAAUUACAGCUGUUGUUGGAUUAUACUAUACAGUCAUCAUCUCUUGGACACUUUACUAUUUUGGGAUGUCCUUUUCCUCAACACUGCCGUGGGCGACGUGUGACAACGACUGGAACACACGGUCAUGCUUUGCGAGGAACAAGUGGGAUACAAAUGAAACUGCAAUUUAUACAAACCUCACGGAAUCUGCAUUUCCUGAAUGGGUUAAUGAGUCAUCCCUUUCGUUGAAAACUCCGCCGGAAGAAUUCUGGGAACAGAAUGUCUUGGAGUUGACAGAAGGAAUCCACACCCUUGGAACAGUCCGCUGGGAACUGCUAGUGUGUGGCUUUGUCACAUCCGGCAUCAUAUUUCUGUGUCUUAUCAAAGGAAUUCAUACAUCUGGCAAGGUGAUGUACGUCAUGGCAACAGUUCCUUAUGCGUUCCUCACUGUUCUGUUGGUCCGGGGACUAACACUUCCUGGAUCGCUUCAAGGCCUGAAAUUCUUCAUGGUGCCGAGAUGGGAAAAACUUCUUGAAUUAUCCGUUUGGGUGGACGGCGCAACACAGACGGUAUACUCUCUUGGGUUGUCCUCCAGCGCACUCAUUGCUUUAGCUAGUCAUAACAAGUUCCAUAAUAACAUAUACAGGGAUGCGAUGAUACUUUCGGUAUGUGACGCCUUCACAAGCUGGUUUGCUGGUUGUGUCAUCUUUGUGACACUUGGAUAUAUGGCCCACCAGACCAACCUGUCUAUUGGAGAUGUCGUAGCCCAAGGCCCUGGAAUAGCCUUCAUAGUGUACCCGGAAGCUUUAGCUACCCUCAAAUUACCCCAACUCUGGUCUGUCAUCUUCUUCCUCGUCCUUUUUACUGUUGGGCUCGACUCUCAGGUAGUACAUAUACAACUGAUAUACACUGGGCUGACCGACAGCUGGCCAAAGGUAUUCGGUCAACAUCGACUUCUGACCUUGGCAGGAAUCAUUAUCACGUCAGCAUUAUGCGGGAUUGUAUUCACUACACAGGGAGGAAUGUACGUCGUUCAGCUCACAGACUGGUACAUUUCCAGUGUGUCAAUCAUGGUUCUGGUAGGGAUGGAGGUCACAGUUUUAGCGUGGGUAUACGGCACUGACCGUCUCUACAAUGAUAUCGAGGCCAUGAUUGGAUACAAGCCAAGUAAACUAUGGAUGAUACUAUGGAAAUUCAUCGCUCCUGUUCUGUAUGCGGUACUGUGGUUAAUAGGCGUCAUCAAUCACCUGCCAGUAACCUAUGCUUCAAGGCCAUACCCUGAUUGGUCUAUAGGAAUAGGCUGGAUCAUCGCCUUCCUGCCUUUGAUGCCUAUACCGGUUACAAUGUUUAUCACUCUCAAACGACAAAAAGGCAAUCUAAGAGAGAGAUUUGCUAAAGCAUUGAAGUCUACCAACGAGUGGAAGCCAGCUACUUCAUCACGACAAGACGAAACUGAGGCUGGAUUAAGUUUAACUGACAACAAAGGUGAUUUCGUUUGA